AUGACUCAGGGACUAGCUAGAAAACUAUCGAGAACAAAACCUCAUAGAGAUGCACUGCUAAAGAAUCUUGUGAGUCAAUUAUUACAACAUGGUACAUUGACUUCGACUCAUGAAAAAUGUAAAGAAGCCUCGAGGCUAGCAGAUCGUGUGAUUAAUAUGGCCAAAAGGUAUGUGGAUCCAGAGACUCCCGAAUUAAGUAAACAAAAAUUGUUUGCAAAUAUCCAAUCUCGUUUGUUUCUCUCUGGUGACAAUAAUCAUCUGAUGAAAAGGUUAUUAAAUGAUAUCGCACCAAAUUAUCAACAAAGAAAUGGUGGAUACACCAGAGUAUUACAUUUGGAGAAAAGAUUUAAUGAUAGAGCCUCUCAAUCAGUAUUGGAAUUGGUUCAAACACCUAUAAUAAAUCCAAAGACAAAUCAAAUUCAAAAGGGUAAUUUGAAAUUUUGGUUAUUGGUGAAAAAUGUUAUAAUGGAUGAAUCUAAUAAUGCGAAUAUAAAUCCUUUAACUUUAAUCAAUUUAAAGAAAAUUCAAAAUUUUAAAUCAGAGGAGGAAUUCUUAAAUGAUUUAUUAAUAGUCAAAAAAUGUAUUAAAGAUCAGGAAAACCUUACUUGGGAUGAUACAAAGGAAUUGGAAUCUAUUAAGCGUUUAGUAGAAAAUGUGAAAUCUACAAUUUUACCUCAUGUGGAAGAAAGUACACGUACCUCACCAACUAUAAAACAAGGAUUUCAAAUAAUGGAAAAGAGACCCGAGAGACCAUCGAUGUAA